CAACUACAUACUUAGCAAAAGGUGCGCCGCUAACAACAACUCAAUCCCCUUCUUGUCUGCCAGCACACCACGGUAAAGUCCUGCUACCGCUAGUUGUUCCUCCAGCUGGGGAUCACACAGUCCAGGGGAAGGUCUGAAGAAGCCAUGGCGAAGGUGACUGAGGCCGGCCAGAGGCGUUACUGUGAGGUGGAGGGCGAUUACUUCAUCAAGGGCAUUCUGCCAGUCGGCCGCGUAGAUUUGAUAUAUCCGGCGCAGUGGCCCGCAGAGCGGAUCGAGAACGAGCACACGGCGCUCGACCUCGUAAGAGAGAAAACAAACAUCCCGGUACCCAGGGCCCUCGAGAGGGGCUUCGAUGGCGAGUUUGGCCACUGCCUGAAGCUGGAGUGGGCGGACGGCAUUGACCUGGGCAAUAUCGUUGAUGGGAGAGAUGUCGGGGCGGCUUGCCUGAUGACGCCUGGGCAGGACGGGCACGCGAGUUCGGGCCGGUGCGAGCAGUGUCGCGCCGUGGCGAUGGCAAACGCAGACCUGUUCGUGCGCGAGGUGGUGUACCCGGCGCUGGAGGGGCUGUCGAGCCGCCAGACCGGGCUGAACGGCAUCCGCUGGCCCGUCAAGACGUCCGACGAGGUCGCCGGCGCGGCUCGCCUCUUCGUCCUCUGCCACGGCGAUCUGUCCUAUCACAACAUGCGCGUCGACCCCGCCACCCUUGAGGUCAAGUGGCUCCUCGAUUGGGAGUUUGCUGGCUUCUUGCCCGAGGAGUUCCUGCGCAUCUUCUCCCUCACCCGCGCCGACUACGGAAGGCUGUUCGAGAAUGACGAGCGCAAACAGCGCCUCGUCGGCCUGCUCGAGUAA